UCCAGAUGCCCCUUCUCCCAGAAGAAUAGUUAAAGUUACAGAACUGUGGUCAUCUGCUCAGUGCCGUGUCACUUGCUGGUCCUGCACAGAGGAAAAGAGUCAAAUCUCUGGGCAGAGAGGAGUCCCUGGUGGUGAUUUCCCUCAAGGACAUCAACAGGGUCACUCUGCAUGGCCUCCCUUCAGCUUCAGGAGGCGACACCCCAACCCCACCCGAAAUGACAGGCAACUGGGAGUGUGGAGCCUACAGCCCAGAUUUCCAUAUGCCGGGAGAUGCCCAGCCUAGAGGUAAUUACACUCAGUGUCAACAGUGUCUCCACCCUGGAACCGGUGCGCAGCUGCCGGCGCCUGAGCGAGCUGUACCUGAGGAGAAACCGCAUCCCCAGUCUGAACGAGCUGUUCUACCUAAAGGACCUGCCACACCUCAGGGUACUCUGGCUGGCCGAGAACCCGUGCUGUGGCACCAGCCCGCACCUUUACCGCAUGACCGUGCUGCGCAACCUGCCCCACCUGCAGAAGCUGGACAACCAAGCUGUGACCGAGGAAGAGCUGACCCGUGCGCUGAUGGAGGGAGAUGAGAUCACUGCCGCCCCGCGCAGAGAAGGCUCAGGCAAUGGCUGUCCCAAGCCCCCCUACGCCCUCAACUCUGUCAGCUCUGCAACAGAGACCAGCCAGCACCUGCUGAGCUACACAGAGGAGACAGAAGUCCAGGGCCAGACUACCACAGACCAAUCUCCUUCCUUCUCACCAAGGGACACUAUGAGGAGUCACAAGAAUAGGAACAUCCUGACUGCCAUAUUGCUACUGCUGAGGGAGCUGGAUACGGAGGGGCUGGAGGCUGUCCAGCAGACCGUGGGCAGCCGGCUACAGGCGCUGCACAGACCGGAGACCCAGGAAGACAUGGAGUGAUUUCAGACACCCCAGUAUCUGGACCCUGUUAUCUCCUGAGGAAACACAGCUCUACCUGGAAAGCCUUCCUCUUGGAUUCCAACACCAAGUCAAAGCAGGCCCAGUGGCUGCCAGCAAGGCAGACCCCUUCUCCUGUGCUUAGGGCUGGCAAAAAUGCUGCCCACCAGCUUGGUCCCUGGAACUUACCUGCUGAGGCCUCAAAGCUCUGGGCACUGUCUGACCCUUCCUCAAGGGAGGACUGAAGGAGCCAUACCCUCCAAUAAAGCACUUUCUGUUUGGGCUAGAAGGUCUGGGACAGGAAGCAUCUAAGGCCCUGAGUCGAGGUUCAUGUUGUUUCUCCCACUAGGGGGAGCCCUAGUAUCACUAUCAAGUCUACCCUGGGAGACGCCUGUAAUAUCUUAGGGGGCACUAUGUCCCAGCAGUCCUUAGACAUAGCCUGGGAGAAUGGAUUUUUUUUUUUUUCUUUUUUCAGCACAAGACUGAGCAGGACACUGUCCUUUUUCAUUCUUCAUCAGGAGAGGGAUGUCACUUAGGUAGAGUGACCGUUGGGAACAUCCAGGGUGGCUCGUCAUUCUGAGGCACCAGAUGCCAUUGGUAAAGUUGUCUUCGUUAGAGCCAUUAAUUGGGGGAGGCCCUGGAGCUUACCCAGGCAGGGCCACCUUAGUGCCCUGGGGUGAUCUUACAGCUGCCAUAAGAGAAGGAGCCAGGAAAGGCCCCAAGAUUAGCAUAUGUAAGGCAACCUGCGCAAAAAGUCUGGAAGGGCCAAGGGAUGGGUGGGACAUGCCAAAGAAGCCUGCUGCAUGCAUACAGUAGCUGGCUCUGUAGCUGACCUGUAAGGGUCUUAAUGCUGAAGGUUCAGGGCAGCUGGGCCCUUGGCUUUGCUCCACCACUGGCCCACUUACAAACCUGGGAGUAUUUUUUCUCUUAAUAAACUGUUCCUACCA